CCUCAGUACUUGUCGGUGCUGGUAAUCGUUCGUAUGACGACGCGAUCUUGUGGAAGUUCCCUCGCGAACGCGCGACUGUUUAUCCCGAUCCGAGAUCACGCGUACCGUGUCACGCGCCAACUUCCACAAAAUUGAGAGUGGAUUAAAUCGAGAAGAUUGGGAUUCUUCGAAUUCUUAAGCAAUUUGAAGAAACGGAAUCUUUACGCUUGAUAGGUACUGCACGAAGAAGCAUUUAUCUUUUAAUGAGGAAAAUUAGAGCAGCUCGACAUUUGCAGAUAAAUCGUUCGAUACACGCAAUUAUUGCUCUUGAUUUUCUCGGACGAUCUUUAAUAUUACACGAACCGUCCGUUUCUCAAGGAAUUUCAAACAAAUUUCUAUGUCUUAGCCUCGUUAAAAUUUAUCCUUGAGGAGAUAUGUUAUUGUGAAAACAUUGUAUACAUGUAUAAAAAUACGUUAUUGUGAAAACAAAUUAUAUACAAUAAAGCAAUGUUUAAUUCCUGACAAAGAGGAAAUCUGAUAAUUAGAAAAUCAACUUAAUCGACGUACAUCAUGAUGUCUUAGAAUAUUGAAAGGAUUCUAAAAAAUAUAAUCAUAAUUCUACAACUUAAAUGAAUAUCCAUGUUUAUGAAAGAAAUAAUUGUAUCAACGAGGCGGCGAAGAAGUUGAUAAUCCAGAAUCUUUCAGUUAUCUCUCCGAGAUAAUAAAUUCUCACGCGAACGAGCCCACAACGAGAAUUCAUCUAUUAUCGAGGAGAAACUUUCAUUGUAAAUUUACUGUCUGUCAAGACCUGAUAACGUAUGAUAAAAGACGCCGAUAACGGCACGUAGUAAAUUUAAACGUGACGAGGAGUACAUGUGAGACUGCGUCAAGUUCAGGAGGUGAUCGGAUAUAAUAUCUAACGCAUUUCCGAAACGACACGGAGCGAGGCAAAACGAAAAUAGAUUUUUUGAACAAUAAUCCCAUUGACAACAACGAUUGUUGCGAAACGCGAAAGACGCGUUGUAUUGGAGCUAACGAGUUUGCGUUCCCGCCUCUGUACUGAUAUAGCUUACAUAAUCACGUCAGACGCGGUUCAAUCCGUAUAAACGAUGACCUUGGUGAUCUCUUACCGGUGGACCGUCAACUUGGCUGCUUUGAGGAAGCGGAGCCUGAGAUGAUGCAGAAGAGGAGCUGACAUUAAUUGUCCGGCCCGAUCAAACAUUUCGACGAGAGGACGAAACUUCUUUACCACAAGCUUUCUGUCGGCGAAAGUGCGAGCGCAGCAUUUGAAGUUAACAAGAGAAAAAGUAUAACCACGUGGGAUUCACGUGCCGCGUGAGAGAUGACCGUCUCCUACACCGCCGAGGUAGCCACUUGCAAGGGCCUCGGUUGCUUCCUAAAGUUGUUGGUCAGGUGGCGGGCGAGCAUUUACAAACUCGUCUGGCUCGAUCUGACUGUCUUCCUCUGCCUCUACUACGCUCUGUCCGGCACCUACCGAUUCUUAUUGAACGAGGACCAAAAGAAGAUAUUCGAAUCUGUGGUGGCGUAUUGCAACGAGUACAGCGAGCUGAUACCGCUGUCAUUCGUCCUGGGUUUCUAUGUCAGUAUCGUCAUGACCAGAUGGUGGGAUCAAUACAUGACGAUACCAUGGCCCGACUCCAUCGCGGUAUUUGUAUCGGCCACUAUACACGGGAACGACGAACGCGCUCGUCUGAUGCGUCGAACGAUCGUUAGAUACGUGUGCGCCUGCCUGACAAUGAUGCUAACGAACGUCGCACCACGUGUAAAGAAGAGAUUUCCCACUCUACAGCAUUUCGUCGACAGCGGUUUGUUGCUGGAUAACGAAUUGUCGAUAUUUCAACAUCUAAACGCGAAAUUUCCGAAUCCGAGUAAGCACUGGCUGCCGAUAGUUUGGGCUUCAAGCAUUGUGACUCGCGCUCGGAAGGAAGGUCGAAUACGAGACGAUUUCGCGGUGAAAACUCUCAUCGACGAGCUUAACAAGUUCCGCGGGAUGUGCGGCAGUAUAUCGCACUACGACACGAUUAGCGUCCCGUUAGUGUACACGCAGGUUGUGACCUUAGCCGUAUACACAUAUUUUUUGACCACCGUAAUGGGCCGUCAGUGGGUUCCAAAGUCGGACUCGAACAUCGAUCUGUAUUUCCCAGUAUUCGCGACAUUGCAAUUCUUUUUCUACAUGGGCUGGUUGAAGGUAGCCGAAACGCUAAUCAAUCCAUUCGGCGAGGACGAUGACGACUUCGAAGUAAACUGGAUAAUCGAUCGCAAUUUGCAAGUGAGCUAUCUAAUCGUCGACGAGAUGCAUCACGAACAUCCUGAACUCAUACGUGACCAAUAUUGGGACGAAGUAUUUCCCGUGGAACUCCCGUAUACCGCAGCGGCGCAACCCUUUCGCGAGGAACCCCCAGAACACUCGACUGCCGGCAUACAAUUGUCCGCCGCGCAACAGGAAUUGCAGCCGUCGUCGGUUAAGAUUGACGAGAUGGUGCCGCCGGAUGAUCAGAAAUACCGCUUCGACAUCGCCGAUGACGCUGCCUCGGGAAUACAUUUUACCGCGAGUGGAAAGCUAUCUCGAAGUGCCAGUAGAGUGAGUAAUCGAGAUCGCAAUCUUAGUGGUGGUUCGACUCCUAGCAAUUUGGGUGAGUCGCUUUCAAGGGUAGCCAGUGUUACAAACGUACUUAAGCGAUUAUUUAGCAAGGAUGACAGGACGGACGGAGGUACCACAAGUGUUGUCAAACCUUCGGGAAAGAUGCCGAGCGUGGAUUCAACGGCUUCGUUGCAGACACGACCAGCCGGUGUAGGUGGCUCUAUGAGAAUAGGUGUCAUUGAGGAAGUGGACGAGCAGAUGACAUUGACAUCGUUAAGACAAUCGAACGAAAGCAGGCCUCAUGUGCAAAGUAUAUUUCCGCAAGGCCCGCCUCCGCCGAGUGAUCCCGUCGACGUUCCUGGUGCCGCACAAUCUUACAAACGUGAGAUAUUCUCUAGGAGUGCACCCGUGCGAGGAGCACCUCCAACGACAGCCGGCAGUACGGAAUCCGCCGAAAAGCGGAUUUUAAGGACACAGGAAUCCGCACCAUCGAUGAGGGCGAGUGCCAUUUACGAACCAACGGUUAGCUACACUGGUAGCGGAAUGAACGAUGAUCUGCCCAGUACCUCGAGUUCGUCGUCGAUAUCGUCCAACGAGAAUACCGCAAACGAAUUUACUAAAUUGAAAACCGAAAGGAAGGAGCACAGGCGUCAUCGUAAACUCGUUCGAAGUGUUAGUGGCCUAAACAAAGAUGAAUCGAAAAGCCCUCACGAAUCGGAAACUUUUCUGCUGACGGAAUUAGCGGAAACGUCGCGACAAUAUAUGAGGGAUAAACACGAUAAAAGUGGUCAAAUUUAGAAAGAUAUGUUGAUUUUACGACAUUAAUACGCCUAAAUAAGCCUUAAUAACAAAAGGUUCGAUCGAAAUAAGAAAAUAACAUGUGUGACAUGAUCAUACAAGUGAUAAAUUUGUUAUGUGUCUUCGAUGUACCUAUGAAACAGUUUUGUGAAAUAGUUGAUAAUUGCCAUCAUCGAACAAAAACGAUACAAUGUUACACGUACGUACAUACGGAUAUUACAUACGAAUAAUAUUAUCCGUAUAUGUUAUAAAUCAAUUGCGAAAUUUUGCGGUUAGCAAUUUUUCAGCUUCUCAUGAAAUCUAAUUUAAGGGGAUUUUAAACUGAAGAUCGAAUUCCAUGACGUUGCUGUUUUAUCGAUGAUUUGUACAUAUGUGAGAUUGUACGCGUGAUAUUGAUAUCAUGUAAUAUAUAAUGAUAUCACUACAAUGUUGCACGGAUAUGACAUUUUUAAGCAAACUUCUCUUUUAUAUUAAAAAGCUUUUAGGCUCAUUUGUAAAAGCAAAUAUUCUUCUUUCAUGUAAUUCCGAAGGUGGACUAAACUCGUUUUAUUCGUACAGAGUAUAAAACUCUUAUAUAAAGUAAAUAUUACGAGUCAACAUUAGAAAUCAAUAACAAAAUUGAACUAAGUAAUUUUACAUUUUUUUUUGUCUUUUGUCAUAUAAAAUCGUUACGUCCUUCCACUAUUGUUUAUACUUUAAUUCUGGAUGUUCAAAUCUGUAAGAGCAAUACUUGAUUCAACUUAAUUUUUAACAUAGUAUUUUUUUUAACACUGUCUUUACACUGAUUUACAAAUCCUUUUCCUCAAUUCAAGUUUAAGCAUCAAUUUGAAUCAUGCCGACUUUAUGCCGAAAAAAAAAAAAAACUUAAGAAAUUUAAAUCUUUUUUACUCUUAGUCCAAUACGUCUAAAGCUGUUAACUUGAACCAAUAUUUGCUUCAUACAAAAAUUCUGUAAAUUUAUAUAAAAUGGGAAUGGCUUGACUGCCGGGAUUACACGAAAAUACAAAAUGUUUUAAAAUUAAACUCAUAUCUAAUAUGAAAAAUUAAUGUCUAAAAAUGUAUAUGUAUGUAUGUGUGCGAUAUUGAUGUGAUAAUAAACAUCAAUAUACCACUAUGUAUAUAAAUUAUCGAUAAAACAACGACGUCAAUUAUAAGUCGGUUUUUAAUUCAAGAUCUCUUAAACAACGAAAAGUUUACAAAGAGUUGAUAAGUAUAUUUUUUACACAAGUAUAUGUAUAACGCAGCAGUAUCGUCGUGCGAAAGUUUUUCGCGAAAGCCAGCUGAAGGAAUUUUAGAGUAUUUUAGUUAAUUUAUUAUUUAAAAAAAUAAAUUUUUUUUUUAGAUAAGAAUUUAAGUAUAAGAACAAUGAUUAACUUCGACUAUAGUAGCUCUACGCACAAGAUAUUUUCGUUAUUUUUCUUAAGCAAACGAGAGAGAUAAGAUAAACGUGCUGUUAAUGCUACUAAUAAAAACUUCUUAAAAUUUUUAAAAUAUUCAAUCAAAAGUUUUUGAGCUUAAAAAUUAAAAAAUCUAUUGUAUAUUCAUUGCAAUUUCAGACGAGGAAACUUUUUUGUUGGAAAUUAUUUACUUAAGGAUAAAGAACUUCAAAUUGUAUCCAAACGGAAAUAUUCUUUAAAUGAAAUAUAGCUUCAAAUUUUUGUAUUUAUAUUUUUCCACGUAAAUUUAAGAUUCACGUUUCAUCUUAAUAUUGCAUACAGUGUCUUAUACAUAGUACGCUUAAACGACUUGACUGUUGCUGGUCAUUUUCGAUUAACAUUCCACGAUGUACACGAUUUGUUACGGUGCUAUGUGAACCGUUUGUUUUGCAGUAUUAUUGAAAAUAAAGUAUUUUCAUAAAGAUA